AUGGCACUCUCUCAAAACAACCCAACUCUUUUGGUCUCUCUUUUUCUGGUAUCAUUAUUGUGUCUACCAUCGACAGCGUUACAGUUCCAACAGCAGUAUAUCGACUAUAACCUCAACCAGAAUCAGACAGCUGUUGAGGUCGAAAACUACUACGGGAUAUGGGAGAAUCAUAGCUUCUAUCCUAGUCCGAGCAAUUGGCGAGUGCCUUUUUAUACACUCUUCCUCGACAAGUUCGUCAAUGGCGAUCCAAGCAACGACGAUAUCAAUGGCACUGCAUUCGAACACGAUUUGAUGCAAACACAGCUUCGCCAUGGAGGUGAUCUUCAGGGACUCGUCGACAGUCUCGACUACAUACAAGGCAUGGGUAUUGAAGCUAUAUAUAUUGCAGGAACACCCUUCAUCAAUCAGCCUUGGGGUGCCGAUGCAUACUCUCCAUUAGAUUUCAGUCUCCUCGACCAGCACUUCGGUAGUAUUCAGGCAUGGAGGGACGCCAUCACCGCGAUCCAUGAUCGUGGCAUGUACAUCAUGAUUGAUAAUACGAUGUCAACAAUGGGAGAUCUUCUUGCUUUCGAAGGAUAUCUUAACGCUUCAGUUCCAUUUACUCCAAAAGAACACGAAGUACUCUAUCGGGACUCGUCAAGGCAAUACGCAGACUUCACAUUUGGCAACAACUACAAUACAUCUUGCGAAUACCCGAGGUUUUGGCUCGAGAACGGGUUCCCUGUUGGGACAGAUGUUACAUCUCAAUUAACGGGAUGUUAUGAUUCGGAAUUUGAUCAAUACGGAGACUUUGAAGGCUUGGGGGACUUUGAUGGAUGGAAGCGCUCAUUGUCGAAGGCAGCAGGUGUUCAGGACAGACUACGAGACUGGAUCCCCUCAGUGCGCGAGAAAAUUGAAAUUUUCUCUUGCCUCACUAUCAUGAUGCUCGAUAUCGAUGGAUAUCGCAUCGACAAAGCAACACAGGUCACUGUGGAUGCACUUGGCGAGUUCAGUCAUGCCAUGCGAGAAUGUGCUAGGGCAGUAGGAAAAGAAAACUUCUUCAUCACGGGCGAGAUAUCUGGGGGAAAUACCUUCGGUAGCAUCUUUCUUGGAAGAGGUCGACAGCCAGACAUGCAGGUCUCAAGCCAACUUGAAGCUGUAACGUUGACGAAUAUGUCUAACAGUUCCUUGUUCAUCCGGGGCAACGAUCAGAAUGGCCUCGAUUCUGCAGCCUUCCACUACUCAAUAUACCGAUCGCUGACGAGACUGCUUGGCAUGGAUGGUCUUAUUGAAGGACCUUACGAUACUCCCGUUGGGCUCGUCGAUGCUUGGAAUGACUUGCUUCUCACCAAUGACUUGGUCAAUCCCAACACUGGUGUUUUCGACCCUCGCCAUAUGUUUGGAACCACCAAUCAGGAUAACUUCAGGUGGCCGGCCGUCGCGAAUGGAACAGCAAAGAUGCUUCUUGGCCAGUUCCUCACAACACUUCACAUGCCAGGCAUACCAUUACUUCUUUGGGGCGAAGAGCAGGCAUUCUACGUCCUCGAUAGCACAUCCGAUGACUACAUCUUUGGUCGACAAUCGAUGAGUUCUUCACAAGCAUGGAAGAUGCAUGGUUGUUACCGAGUCGGUAGCUCACAAUACCACAACUUCCUUGAAGAUGGCGCGCCUGCUCUAGACGGAUGCUACGAUGAUUGGAAUACCCUGGAUCAUCGUGAUCCUACACAUCCUAUUCGUAAUAUCAUUAAAAGCAUGUACCAGAUGCGAAAGAACUACCCUGUUCUUAAUGACGGCUGGCGUCUACAAGAGUUAUCGAAGCAAACUCGAAGCACAUUUCUCCCUGCGUCGGAUGGUACUGCGACGGAAAUUGGCAUGUGGUCUGCUAUGAGAGGCAACUUUGAAGAAGUACAAGAUCUUUCAGCGUCCGGGCAAGGGAAUCAAUCAGUCUGGCUUGUCUAUCAAAAUGACAAUCAGGUUGUCGAUUACUCAUUCGAUUGUUCGAAUGCCAGUCUUGCCCUCGUUUCCCCUUUCGAUGCAAAUACCACCGUCAAGAACCUCUUCUAUCCUUACGAUGAGAUAGUCCUUGAAGCAAGUCCUGUCCAACUUGGUAUCAAUGGUUCGUUGGGGUUCAAUGGGUGCCUGAGUAACCUGACGUUGUCACCAUUCGAGUACAGGGCUUACGUACCGAUCGACACUUUCAUUGGUCCUGGGCCUAUGAUUACUAAGUUUCUCCCUGGCCAUGACUCCCGCUUGGAGAUUACAGAUCCUCAGAACAAUACGAUCCCGAUCGAGCUUCACUUUUCAGCGGCAAUGGACUGCACUGAAGUCUUCACCUCUAUCUCAAUCAUAUCUACUACUGAAGACGGCACUACAGCAGUAUUGGAUCCGAACUCAGUCACAUGUUUCAGCAUCGAUCCUGAGCCCGUCGCUCCGUGGUUUGGAAGUCUGCCAUCUGUUUGGACAUUCAACGCUUCUUUGAUCAAUGUCUCUGAAGGUAUUCAUGUGAUCACAAUUAAGGAUGUCCCGACAGAAGACGGGCUAGCUUCGACCCAGUCUACCGAUAAACUAUUUCUUCGUGUAGGCCGAAGUGACAACCCAGUUGUCUUCCCUGGGAGUGCGAACUACACUCAAGAUCUCCUGCACCGAGACGAGAAUGGCGAUCUACUCAUUUCUCACAAAGCUGCUGGAGCAGAUCAGUUCCGCUACUCUCUCAACUGGGGAUCUUCAUACAGUCCUUGGCAGACUUACACUGGUGGAAACAGUACCCUUGCUCCUAGACAGUGGUCUGGAACCAAGGCCCAGGAUUGGAAAGGCGAACAUGUUAUUGUUCAGUAUCACAGCAGCAUUUUGGGAAGCAGCGAUCACGUCCAACAUGGCGACCUUGAUGCAAACACCCCAUCUAGAAGAUUCCCACACCUGUUUCUUCAUGGCGACUUCAACCGCUAUGGCCUGGAUAGUGGAAUGGACAAUAGCAUGAAGUUAAGUACAAACGGGACUUGGGCUUACAACAUGCUGGCCGAGUGGCCAGCUACACUUCAAGUCAAUGAAUGGGGCAUCAAUCCUGAUGGACAGCAAGAUCAGACCGGUGUCUAUGGGGACCUUGACAAAGAUGGUGUCCUGGACAGGCUUCCACCAUCGUCACUCAUUCCUGCUACGCUUGGGCUGAAUGCCACGCCACCGUCACCAUUUCUGAAUUGGCAUCUAGAACUCAAUGAUGGGACUCUGGAGUAUGAAUUCAAACCUACCGGAAACCGAUGGCAUCAGUUGAUAAUGUUCAUCUUGAUGUGGGUCAUUCCUGUUCUGACUGGAUCUCUUGCUGUAUGGGCAUAUUUGCAAUCGUUCUAUCAAGUCAAGUUCAACAAGAUUGGCAUUCCAAUGCAAAAAUACUCGCCGAUUCCCAUGUUGUCGAGGGCUUUCAAACGCAAGAACAACCUAGGAUACAAGGAAAGUCCUUUCGGCUCUUCAGCGUCUCUUCUUCGCUACAAUGGCCCUUCAAGUUCUGCCGGUCCCAUUCCCCCACAACACAUGAGACGAACAGUCCUGAUUGCAACUAUGGAAUACGACAUUGAAGACUGGGCCAUCAAGAUCAAAAUUGGUGGUCUCGGCGUCAUGGCUCAGCUCAUGGGCAAGAAUCUCGAGCAUCAAGACCUCAUCUGGGUCGUGCCUUGUGUUGGAGGUGUCGAUUAUCCCAUAGACGAACCAACGACGCCGAUGGAUAUUACGAUAAUGGGCAAAUCAUACCAAAUUCAAGUCCAGCUCCAUGUUUUCCGAAACAUCACAUAUGUUUUGCUUGACGCACCCAUCUUUCGUGCACAGACAAAGACGGAUCCAUACCCUGCGAGAAUGGACGACAUUGACUCUGCUAUCUACUAUUCUGCUUGGAACCAGUGUAUUGCAGAGACCAUCAGACGUUUUAAUCCGGAUUUGUAUCAUAUCAACGACUACCACGGAGCUCUGGCGCCGGUCCAUCUUCUCCCAGAAACCAUUCCAUGUGUUUUGUCGCUCCAUAACGCUGAAUUCCAAGGACUUUGGGCGAUGAAAAAUGACGAGGAAGCAAAGGAAGUUUGCGAGGUAUAUAACAUCCCGACUGAAGUGGCCCAGAAAUAUGUCCAAUUCGGGGAUGUGUUCAAUUUGUUGCAUGCUGGUGCAUCUUACCUUCGGAUCCACCAAAAAGGAUUUGGCGCUGUUGGAGUUAGUAAGAAGUACGGAAAGAGAUCGUGGGCUAGAUAUCCUAUUUUCUGGGGCCUCAACAAAAUCGGCCAACUCCCAAAUCCCGACCCCUCUGAUCUGGCAGAAUGGACACCAGCCCAAAUCGAAGGAGAUGUUGAGAUCGAUGAAGAAUUCGAGAAAAACCGCGCGGAUCUCCGAGUCCAAGCCCAACAAUGGGCUGGUCUGACAGUCGAUCCUCUAGCCGAACUUCUUGUUUUCGUCGGAAGAUGGUCGAUGCAGAAAGGCGUAGAUCUCAUCGCUGAUGUGAUGCCAGGGCUUCUUGAGGAGAAUGAGAAGAUCCAACUUAUCUGUAUUGGUCCUGUGAUCGAUCUUUAUGGUAAGUUUGCAGCGCUCAAAUUGGAUGUCUUGAUGAAGAAGUACCCUGGGAGAGUAUACUCGAAGCCUGAGUUCACUGCUCUUCCACCGUAUAUCUUCUCUGGUGCUGAAUUCGCACUCAUCCCAUCAAGAGAUGAGCCCUUCGGACUCGUAGCUGUUGAGUUUGGAAGAAAAGGAGCUUUGGGAAUUGGUGCUCGUGUCGGAGGUCUUGGUCAAAUGCCCGGUUGGUGGUUUACCGUCGAGUCAACAACGACGUCGCACAUGCUCAGUCAGUUCAAGAAAGCUAUCAAAGGUGCUCUCGCCUCGGAUAUAGAGACAAGAAAGAAGAUGCGAGCUCGAAGUGCCAAGCAGAGAUUUCCUGUCGCUCAGUGGGUCGCAGAUCUUGAAGAACUCCAGAAUACGGCAAUUAGGAUCCAUCGGAAAGAGACUGCGUGUCCCAAAUGCGAUAGACCAGGUAACAGAGGUAGAACGGGAUCUCCAUACUCCCGCAGAAUCACCAGUGCUCCGUGCUCUCGAAGUUGCAGUCCUAAUGGCAGGGUGUCUAGCCCUGCGCCAACACAUCAUCGUGGCCGCAGAUCAGAAGUCCAACAACCUUUUAUUAGAGAUGCAUCGAGUAAUGGGAGAGACCUCACAUCGAGGUCAAGAUCUGGUUCGUCUGCUACUCUGAACAGGAAGGCAAUAAGUCGGACUCGAUCACCGCUUGGGAACGUGGUAAUCAAUGCCGAGGAUGACGGCGCCAUGGUGUCCUCAAUGAGCACGCCGCCGAACAUGCCAGAGUUAACGAGAUCUAUGGCCGCUGCGGGUGUUUGGAACGCGGCCGGACAUCGUCGUCAAACUUCUUCCCAGUCGUACCUCACUCCCACUCCUGGCCUUAUGACUCCAUCGAGCAGUAAUUACGAUGUCCUAACCAAUGAUGGCGAUUCAAUGCCAGGAACGCCACCUAUGGAAGACGACGACGAUUUCUUACCCCCGAACCAUAAUUUCUAUCAGAAUGAAAAUCUAAGCACUUUGAGCCUGGAAACUGUGAUUGGCACCAAGCAGGACUUCUCUCUUCAGAAGGUCGACCCCUCAUUUACCGACAGCACAGAGGAAUACUUCAAUGAUUUCAAAGUCAAAUUGCGCAAGCUUGAAGCAUCAAAUUCCGAGAGUGCAUUAUGCAUCGAGGACUACUUAGUGAAGAGCGAGAAAGCCUGGUUUGGAAGGUUCCGAGACGCGAAACUUGGAAAGACACCCCGAAGUUCUCCUGCUCCUUCGAUCUUCAAUACUUCCAAACCGUCAACACCUCAGCUUGGUGCUAGCAAUCCUCUCAUUUCGGAUCCCUUGGACGAGUUUAAGCUCAGCGAAUCCUAUAGGCCACCUAGAGGCGUCAAGAAGUAUCUUCAGUACAAGAUUGGAGACUGGCCUAUUUACACUUUUUUCUUGGCUCUGGGUCAAAUCAUGGCCGCGAACUCGUAUCAAAUUACACUUCUGACCAGAUCUCAAGGCCAAAAUGCCGAAGAGUUCUACAUCAUCGCUGGUAUCUACUUGAUAGCAUCACUCUCUUGGUGGAUAUGCUACAGAAGCCUGAAAUCUGUGUAUGUCCUAUCGCUGCCAUUCCUUUUGUACAGUAUAGCGUUCUUGCUUUUGGGGUGUGUUCCUUUCUAUCCAAGCAACGCCAUGUUUUCGAUUGCUCGGGUUCAGAACGCAGCAACAGGGUUCUACACCGUUGCCUCAGCAAGCGGAUCCCUAUACUUUGCCCUCAAUUUCGGCGAUGAGGGCGGAUCCCCUGUCAAGUCUUGGGUCAACCGAGCCUGCAUCAUCCAAGGCACGCAGCAGAUUUAUAUCUGCGCUCUCUGGUUCUGGGGUGCGCACCUCAACUCCGCAUCCUACAGCACGGACCCCCUCAGCAAGACCAUGGCAUAUAUCCUGAUUCCGCUCUCCGUCGUCCUCUCCAGCAUCGCUUUCCUCCUCCUCUAUGGCCUUCCAUCUUACUACCACCAGUCCCCUGGAAAGAUCCCCUCACUCUUCCCCUCCCUCUUCCGCCGCAAGAUCGUCCUCUGGUUCUUCAUUACAGUCAUCAUCCAGAAUUUCUUCCUCUCUUCUCUGACCGGUAGGAACUGGAGCUACCUCUGGUCCAGCAAACACGUCCCAUCAUACGCCAUUGCGCUCCUCGCCCUCUUCUUCUUCAUCCUGGUUUGGGCCUCUUUCCUAUACUUCUUCGGUCUUGCAGCAAAGACUCACACUUGGAUCCUACCCAUCUUUGCGAUUGGGCUAGGUGCUCCUCGAUGGGCGCAGAUUCUGUGGAGUUGCACGAGCAUCGGUCUCUAUCUUCCUUGGGCUGGAUCGCCACUAGCGAGUGCGUUAUUGGGAAGGGCGUUGUGGCUUUGGUUGGGUGUUCUAGAUGCGUUGCAGGGUGUGGGGUUUGGGAUGAUUCUUCUGCAGACGUUGACGAGGGUGCAUAUUUCUGCGACCUUGAUCGGAGCUCAGGUAUUGGGAGUGAGUGUUACUGCGUUGGCGCAUGCGGUUGGACCUCAGAGAGGUGGGGUAGGAAGUGUGUUUCCCGAUUUUGGGAGGGAGAGUGUGAGUGCGUGUUUGGGAAGUGGGUGGUUUUGGAUGGGAUUGGGGUGUCAGAUGGUGGUUUGCGUGGGGUUCUUUAAGUUCUUUCGGAAGGAACAGUUGAGUAAACCUUAG